AUGCUGCUCACGUCGCUGUGGCCCGUGGCGGCCCUGGCCGCGACAGCUCUCGCCGAGGACACCAAGGAUAACCCGCCGGGCCAGUCGACGUUCGUCUCGCCCGGUGGCGACGUCGCCUUCGCCUUGACGGUGCCCGACAACGACAACUUGGACAUCUACUUCAGCCUGCGCGUGCCCAAGGAGAACUCGUGGGGCGCCGUCGGCCUCGGCAGCGACGACAUGAGGGGCGCCCUCGUCCUCAUGAUCUACCGCAACGAGCGAGGCGACAACGUCACCUUCUCCCCGCGCGUCGGCCACGGCAACUACGAGCCGCAGUACUACCCCGACGUCGAGUACGAGGUCCUCAACGGCACCGGAAUCUUCGACGACGACAUGGUCUUCGUCGCCAAGUGCACGAGGCACUGCCGCAGCUGGCCUGCCGGCAACGACCCCGGCGGCUACAUCGACGUCUCGUCACCGAACCAAAAGGCCAUCUACGCCGUCGGGCCGCGCCAGGGCUUGCAGAGCAACAGCCCGAGCGCGGCCAUCAAGUACCACCGCGAGUACGGCGUGUUCACCAUCGACAUGAAGCGGACCCAGGGCAGCGCCGACCCGCCCGUGCUGACCAAGGACUCCAAGAACGAGGGCACGACGCUCGACGGCCAGCAGACGGGCAAGCGGGACGUCAGGUCGGCCCUGCACGCCGCCUUCAUGAUCUUCUUCGUCGUCUUCAUGUUCCCCCUCGGCGUCGUCCUCCUGCGGCUCGGUCGCUGGGCGCGCUGGCACGGCCUCAACCAGACCGUCGGCAUGGUCGGCGUCCUCGCCGGCCUCGUCCUCGGCGUCCUCACGAGCUUCCACUACCAGAGGUCGCGGGACUUUCGCUCCUACCAUCAGAUUCUCGGCUUCAUCCUCGUCGGCUUCAUCCUCAUCCAGUUUUCCCUCGGCGUCCUCCACCACACGCAGUAUCGCAAGACGCAGGCGCCGACCAAGUUCGGCAGGGUUCACCUCUGGCUAGGCCGCAUCAUCAUUUUCGUCGGCACCCUCAACGCCCUGUUCGGUUUCUCCUUUGCGCUCAACCGCAAGUACGGCAUCGCCCUCGCCACCCUCAUCGUCAUCCUCGCCUUCACCUUGUUCUUCUUCACCGUCGGCAGGCAGUUUCUUGCCAAGGGGACCUUCCGAUCGACCGGCCGCGCGCCGGCCGCGGCCAACGCCGUCAACGGCGCCAACACGGGAUACCAGCCGCACCCUUGGCGACAAGAGUACCAGCAGGCGCCGGCCUCGAACGAUGGGUCCGAUGCGCCGCCGGCGUACACGCCUCCGCAGCAGAUUGGCCUGCGGCCCGUCUCGCCCUACGCGCGGUCCGCGUCGGGAAGCUCGGACGCAAAGGACGACGAGGACCAGCCGCAGCUGGGCGGUGUCCAACGGCCGAGGGAGUUUGCAUGA